AUGUCGCUGCUCCAGGACGACGACGAAGAGGCCUUCCUCCUCGCCGUCGAGGCCGCGGAGACCGCCGCGGCCGCGUCCUCCAAGCGCCGCCGCCUCUCCACCUCCCCAUCGCCGACCCCCGCCGCCGCUGCCUCCGCCUCCGAGGGGUCCUACCUGUCCGCGCUCAAGGGCAGCCACAGCUCCGCCUGGAAGCAGCAGCAGGAAGCCCUAAACCUAGCCCACAAGCGCCCCGGCGGGUACAAGGCCCCAGGCAUCACCACUGCCGACGGCGGCGUACAGAUCGCGAAGGGCGCGUGCUUCAAGUGCGGCGACACCAGCCACUGGGCGAGGGAGUGCCCCCAGUCCUUGCCGGCAAGUGGCGGCGGCGGCGGAGGAGGGGGCGGAACCGGCGGCGGCGGGGUCUAUGUGGAUACGGAGGUGAAGGUGGAGGAGAAGGAGUGCCCCUGCGGCUCCGGGACCUGCCUCGUGCUCACGUCCAGCACGCCCAGGAACCCCGGUCGCAGGUUCUACAGGUGUCCCAUGAAGGAGAAUGGAGGCUGCAACUUCUUUGAGUGGUGCGAUGCUCCAUCUCCAGGUCUUGCUAAUGCUCGCAGCAACACAUGCUUUCAGUCAGAUGCGUCGGUUGUGAAUAUGCCUUGCUCCUGUGGUGCUGGAACAUGCUUAAUUUUCACCACAAAGGCGGGAAUUAAUGUUGGGAGGCAAUUCUAUCGCUGCCCAGCUCAGGGAGGUAGCUCUUGUGGCUUUUUCAAAUGGUGUGACGAUCAACAACAGCCUAGGACAGCUGCUCCGCUGCAAGCUUCAGCACCAUAUCAAACUGGCGUUGCCUCCACCAACCAAAACAUGAGCAAGAACUCCUCGGCCUGCUUCAAAUGCGGGCAAGAGAACCACUGGGCGAAGGACUGCCCGAAUCAAUCUUCAGAUCCUUACUCUGACAAAGGUGGGAGGACAGCAUUAACUCCGGCAACCUCAUCUGAUGGGUGUUUCAAGUGUGGUAAGGCUGGUCACUGGUCCCGUGACUGCCCCGUUGCGACCAGUGGUGGUGGUGGUAGUGGUGGUGGCGUCGCCGGCAGUGUCAAGUCGUCCUGGAACAGCAGGAGAUACUGAUAGCAGGUGGUGCCCCUGUGAACUCAAUUGAACUGACACGGACAUGCUGUACGAAACUUGGACAGGUGACCUCGCCACUUGUUGCUUAGGUACGCGCUCUCGCCCAUGAUGCCACUUGCAGACCUGCUUGCUGCUCCCAGUUGAGCAAUGGGAUUUACUUUUGAUAAUAUAUAGAUUCAGUCUAUCCUGUUUGCUCUGUCGAACUUGUACUAUAUCUGCUUUAGGCAUUACCACUUUUGUAAACAAGAUAAGGCGACUCAAUGUUCAUCAGCAUGCCCUUGCUGUUCAAUAUAUCAACUCCCAUGUUUAUGCUGC